UCACUGAUAGAAUGCGAUCGUUUCACGAGUCUCCCACCCUUACAAAUUCAGUGUACUUUUCGUUCGUUUUUUCAUCAUAGGACACUUUGUGCUGCAUUUUAACGAUUGUUCAGAGAAGCAAAGUAGACUUGAUUGUUGUUCUUAGUCUACAUUUAGCGGCUGAAUGUUUUAUAAUUGAACAUUUUGUGGAUCAACUAGUUGGCAACAUUUCGGAAGAGUUGCUGACAAUGCUAGAAUGUCUAGCCUACUUCUUUUUCUAAGAGAUUUUCAUCCUAAAACAAGAACCGAUUGCUUCGACUGAAACUCAGGACGGCUACAGUACAACGCAGCAAGGACAGAAGACAUCACCCUCAGCUAUUUUGUUUCCAGUUGAUCUACACAGUGACAGACAACAAUGUUAACCCAGAGAAAGAGAAAACGCACCGUUGAAGACUUCAACCAGUUCUGCACCUUUGUGCUGGCCUAUGCUGGAUACAUACCCUAUCCAACGGAAGAAUGGUGGUGUAGUGAGAGCAAAUCCAAGGAGAGCAGUCCUUGCAACACCAGCCACAGUACCAGCCCCUGGGCCUACCUGACCUCUUCUAACCCAGAGUCGCCCCCCCACACACAUAAGGAGAAGGUGAAGAGGAGGAGGUCAGACAAGAAGCCAGGCGUGUCUAGCCAGGGAGAGAAAAAGCCUAAAGGAGGAGAUGCCAAGAAGUUUCCCAAAUCAAAACAGGCUACUCCCAAAACAGCAGUCAGCAGAAUCACAGAGGUCCAUGAGCCACUCCAGCCUGAGUCUGAUCAGAAUAAUCACAUCAUCUGUCCUACUGACAACAUAACACCUCCCCUGGCGCUUCCCCAACAUGAUUCUAAACUUCCCCAAUUGUCCCUGACUCAACUCUUCCCUGAAGCAACCCCAAGUAGCACUCUGUCUGUCCACUGGGACAAGAACAACACUGGACCAACAGAAACACUGGACUCUGGAUCUCCUGGGAGGAGUAAUACUACAACCCUUCAGAAAACUAGAAGUGGAGAGGAGGAUUUGACAGAUAAGCCAGUUGACAUGACGAGAGGACAUUCUGAGACGGAGCCCAGUGUCGCAGGAAGGAGAUCUAGCCCUCACAGCCCGUUGGCUGACGGUGAAACAGAACUGGCGAAGAAGAGGACAAAUGACAAAGAGGCGGGGGAGAGUUGGGAGAGGUCGGGGAGUGAAGAGGGGAUGGACAGGGUUCAGAGGUCAGAUAUCCUGAGGAUGGUGAUGGACAGGAGGUUGAGGGGUCAACUGGCUGAAGAUCAGGAGACGGGCUACUACACAGAGGGCAGCAGUAACAGUAGCCCUGACCAGGAGCAGGGAGGGAGUCACUACCAGAGUCACCAUGGGGGGAGCGAUGGAGAGGACACGCCUGGAGAUCAGAGCAAGACGCAAGAUGAGGACGACUCCUGGGACCUCAUCACCUGUUUUUGCCUGAAGCCGUUCGCGGGUCGGCCCAUGAUCGAGUGCAGUGAGUGUGGCACCUGGGUGCACCUGUCCUGCGCUAAGAUCCGUCGCACCCAUGUUCCUGACGUGUUCACCUGCCAGCCCUGUCGAGACGCCAAGACCAACAUCAGACGCUCCAACAGGGCACGCAUCGCCCCCCGGAAGCGCUUCAGCGAUUAGAGACACCAGCUGGUGGGUCUUGUGAAUCCCAAUUGGCAUCCUAUUUCCUAUAACAUACACUACUUUUGACCAGAGUGGUGUCUGCCAUGUGGGACCCCCUAGUGAGCAUAAGGUGCUAUGCGGGUUAAUUCUCACAACGCACAAACCAUCCACAGGGUUGUGUUGAGUUAAGCACUCAGAGAAAAAAAAUGAACUUUGUGUGGCAUUUUUGGUCUAUUUUGUGCCUAAAGGAACAGAACGUUUUCAAUACUUUAUUUGAAUCCACAUAUCGACUUUACAAUUGGAUGGGAUUCAAACAUGAAGGUCUAAAUGCAUUAAGGAUUAAACAGCACUUUCUCUACACAGAAAGCUACCCCAGAUCUCUGACAUGAAGCUUUACUUUCCUAGCCUCCUGCCUGUGUCUUCUGUUGGCCUGCAAUCUGAAGGCCAUGUACAGUGAGAAUAUUGGCAACAAAAGCCUGCCCUGAUAACCAGGGAUGUUCUGCUGUGAAACAAGUGGCUGGUAUUUCGGUAUAUUGUCUGCAAUGAGCAGCCUACCAACUUGACCACCUCCCUCAAUGAGACCUUUGUCCUCGAAGUCCAAAAGGAGCGAGACUCUGGCUAACUCCCUAACUUUCUCACUGUCACUGUUGAGCAUGUUGAGUAUCUGAGUUAGUCUGUUAGCAUUGUAAAUCCACUUAUCAAUCAGGAAGACAAUGCCAUGCAGGGUUGUGAGUUGAAGCACAGCCAACUUUUUACCGCUCACACCGUUUUUUCCUUCAUUUCCCUCAGUGGGGAAUGUUUUGUGGAAUAUGCACAUUGGCGAACUGGUGUAUUCAUUCUCCCAAACAAAAUGUUCAGUUGCGACGCUUUGCAAAACGGCUGCAAAGAGAGCAAAAAUGGGAGGAUCCUAGUGGUAUGCUGUCCAAUAGAAAAACAGUUUGACAAAACCGUCCCUGUCUUUCGUUCUGCAAAUACUUUUUUUGGUUUGCUGUAAUGAAUAAUAACCAUAUGUGGAGUCAUUGCUAGGGCCACCCACACACAACCACAAAAGAGGAAAUUUUGAUCAUAUCAAGCCUGGUCGAAUACUCAUGGUCACACCUAUUUAAUUUGGACAGGAGUCUUCCUUGGUCAGGGCCAUGCAGGCACCAGACUUCUCUUACCAGGUCAGUCAUGUCUACUCCAGAAUUAAUCAAGUGGCUACAGGAGAAUGAGGGGAUGGGGUUGGUAUCAGUCUGCUGGUAUGUUGGGGGGAAAAACACCCCCUCAUUUCAUAUGCUCACCCCCCCCCCCCACUGACACAGCACCCUCUCUUCAUCCCUCCAGGUUCAGUCCAUUCACCCAUUCCUUCAGCCUGCCUCCAUCCAUCCAUCUCUUCAUUGGUCACUGAACAAUUAGUUCACACUUCAUGUAUGUCCAGUAACAUCCUAUUUCUUUUUGUGCUCUACUAUGUAGGGAACUGAGUGUCAUUUGUAUGAACAUGUUGCUACGGACUGUUUCUCAAACUCGUGAUUUUCAAAUAUUUCCACAGAUGAAUAUGUAAUAGAUUGUCAUGCCUAAAGAGUUUCUUCUGUGCUAUUAUUAUACUGCACCCAGUUUAUGGGCAGUUUUCAGAAUACAUGUAUGUAUAUAAGAUGGUUAACCUUUAGUAACAUGUAAAUAGUUUGGCAGCCAUGCAGUAAUAAAAGUAUUGGACUAA